UGGAUGAUUUUUGCGUGCACUCGCUGCAAAAUAGGGACCUUAAUUAAGACUUGUAGGCAAACAUCACCCCAGUAAACUGGUUUUGUAACAGCAUGCUGCCAUAUUGUAGUUUAAUCCGAAUGCAUCAAAUAAGAUCAGGAGGUCUCCUGCUGUUACAUAAGCUCUAGCCUUUCAAGACUAACUCCUUGUCUGCCAACUAUCAAAUCAAAAGACGCUUCAGCUAUAAUCACUUUGUCCUCUUUAAUCCUCGCUUGAGUUUAAAUAGCAGACAGUGCCAUUAUCCUGGACCCUCAGUCACAAAAUGGGCAACGCUAAAAGUGGAGCGCUUUCCAAAGAGCUUCUGGAGGAGCUGAAGAUGAACACCAAGUUCAGCGAGGAGCAGCUUUACGCCUGGUACCAGAAGUUCCUGAACGAGUGUCCGACGGGCCGCAUCAGCCGGGAGCAGUUUGAGAGCAUCUACGCGAGCUUCUUCCCCGACGCCGACCCCAAGGCCUACGCCCAGCACGUCUUCAGGAGCUUCGACGCCAACAGCGACGGGACGCUGGACUUUAAAGAGUACAUCGUGGCCCUGCAUCUGACGUCCUCGGGGAAGACCGUCGAGAAGCUGGAGUGGGCCUUCGCUCUGUACGACGUGGACAGGAACGGCACCAUCACCAAAAACGAGAUUCAUGAAAUAGUGAAGUCAAUAUUCAACAUGAUCUCCAAAGAAGACCAGAAAAACCUUCCGGAUGAUGAGAAUACUCCUGAAAAACGGACAGAUAAAAUUUGGGACUUUUUUGGGAAAAAAGAAAACGGUAAAAUAACUGAGGGCGAGUUCAUUCAAGGAGUUAUGGACAAUAAGAACAUCCUCCGUCUGAUUCAGUUCGACGAACCACAAAAGGUCCAAGAGAGGCUCAAAGAGAAGCAGCAAUAAUGUGUUUUAGUGUGUUCUGAUUCUUUUGUUUAAUGCUUUGGAUUUCUGCUGUUACGCGUUGACCGAGAUUUCGAUACAAUAUGUGCCAUGAAAAAUGCAUGUAAUAAUGCUGCAGUAGAAAACACGAAACGAAAUGGAUAUACAGACACCGAGUUACAGAUACAAUCAGCCCACUGGCAAGAAAGGGUCAAAGACGCGGUCACUUUCACAAUCAUCGCCGAUCAGGUGCUGUGAAACCACAUGCAGAUUCUGAAAGUAUUCCAACUUUGCUUCACACUCAUUUGUUCAUGAAUAAAAACGCUAUACGUAACAGUCAUGCAAACGAUUUCAUUUUAGUAUUCUACUAAUGCUGCUUUACACUGAGUGGCAUGUAUACAUGCAUAAAGACACCAAAGGUUUUUUCCAAUAGACCGUUUGACCAAAUAAAUAUGCAGAUUUAUUGUUCCGUUAAUUUAAUUAGCUCUGCAUUUGCGACGUAAAAAAAUAAGAUCCAAGUCAGUGUGUAAUUAAAAAGAGUGGCUCUCAACUGGUCCAUUUUGACAAAAAGGCGAUGCAAAAUAUAUUACAUUUGCAUUUAAAUUUGACCACAAAAUGCAAGAAAAAUACAAAUUAAAUGCAUAUAAUAAAUUGCACCUAACAAUGUUAUCUAGCAAUAGUUAGGAGAAUAAAUCUGAUAAUAUUUCCAAUUUAGCGUAUUGUUGAAUCUAUGGCGACAUUAAUUAAUUUCAAGUAUUAUUUGUGAUUAACUGCAUCCAAAAUCAAAGUUUUUGUUUACAUGUGUGUGUGUGUCUUGUGUAUAUUUAAUAUGGUUGAAUAUACACAUUCAGGGAUGUAUAUAUUUCAGAAAAAGAUAUAUGUUUAAAAAUGAUAUGUACAUAAAAAUAUACAUGCAAAUAUUUUCUAAAUAUACACUGAAUAUAUAUAUAUAUAUAUAUAUAUAUAUA